AUGCUCGCCGAAACUUUCAUCACCGCGGCCCUUCUGGCUACCUCAGCGCUUGCCGCCCCGGCACCCAACCCCAUCCAGCUCAUGACCCGCGCCCCCAACCCGGGCGUCGUCAUCACCAAAUGCGCCCAGCCCGGCAUGCUCGCUCUGGCUUAUGAUGAUGGCCCGUACCAGUACACCUCCCAGCUGGUCGACAUCCUGGAUAAGGCCGGUGCCAAGGCCACCUUCUUCUGGACCGGCACCCUGUACGGAUGCAUCUACAACCAGGCUGCGGCUGUGAAGAAGGCGUUUGCUAGUGGACAUCAGCUUGCCUCGCACACUUGGACCCACUCCCACAUGUCCUCCUACUCCGCCGCGCAAAUCACCACGGAAAUGACCAAAGUCGAAACCGCCUUCGCCAACCUAAUCGGCAAGAAGCCAUUGUACAUGCGUCCCCCCUACCUCGAGACGGGCGGGCAGAUCCUGCCGGUGCUCAAGUCCAUGAACUACAAGGUGAUCACGGACGACAUCGACACGGGCGACUGGAACAACCAGACGCCUGCGCAGUCGCAGGCCAAGUUCACGCAGGCAGGCGCCGGCGGCAACGGUCACAUCCCUCUCAUGCACGAGACGUAUGCGACUACCGUCAACACCCUCACGCCGUGGCUGAUCAACUGGGCCAAGCAGAAUAACCUCAAGCUGGUCACCGUGGCGGAGUGUCUGGGUGAUAAGGGCGGGGAGUAUCAGGCGCAGAGCUUCCCGAUUUCGUCGGGGCCGUUUUCUUGCUAA